UUAUAAAAAGCCUUCAGCCGAGGAGCAGACAGAACUUUCAGUGGAAGUUUGAGAGAGACGAACCAAAGGCAUCUACAGCCGGCCGGCCAGCCCCACAGCCAACAAGCCAGCCAGCCCCACAGCCAGCCAGCCAGCCAGCCCCACAGCCAGCCCCACAGCUCUACUACUACCACAGUACUACUCCUCUUCCUCCAGCAACCAUGACAGAGAGACGUAUCCCCUUCAGCCUGCUCCACACCCCCAGCUGGGACCCCUUCCGUGACUGGUACCAGGGCAGCCAGCUCUUUGACCAGGCCUUCGGCAUGCCCGCCCUCCCUGAGGAGUUCCCCACCUUCCCCAGCGCCCACUGGCCCGGCUACAUGCGCCCAUCCGCCCUUGGCCCCGACAUGUCCACUGCUGGAUUCAUACCCUCCAUGAUGCCCCAGAGUCCUGUGAUGUCCCCCCUGCAUAGUGCCAUGAUGCAGGCUGCCAUGAUGCCCCAGAGCCCUGUGAUGUCCCCCCUGCAUAGUGCCAUGAUGCAGGCUGCCGUGAUGCCCCAGGGCCCUGUGAUCGCACAGGCCCCCAUGAUGGCUCAGGCUGGGGCAGCAUCGUACGCCCGUGCCCUCUCCCGCCAGCUCAGCUCUGGCAUGUCUGAGAUCAAGCAGACCCAGGAAGCCUGGAAGGUCACUCUGGACGUCAACCACUUCUCCCCUGAAGAGCUGGUGAUCAAGACCAAGGAUGGCGUGGUGGAGAUCACUGGCAAGCAUGAGGAGAGGAAGGACGAUCAUGGAUUCGUGUCCAGAUGCUUCACCAGGAAAUACACGCUGCCCCCUAUGGCCGACGCUGAGAAGGUGACGUCCACCCUGUCCCCUGAGGGAGUUCUGACCGUGGAGGCUCCUCUCAACAGGCAGGCCAUCAAGGCUGCAGAGAUCUCCAUCCCUGUCACCAAGACCAACGACAUGCCGAUGAUGAGGAAGGGAAGUGGCAACGAACGUCACGGAGAGGAGUGAAGAAACUCCACACACGUAAACACACAUUUAUGGGGGGAGGGGGGUAAAUGAGGGAUUGCCUUCUCUCUCAUUCAACUAUCCACCCUCAACACAUCUACACCAUCUACAUUUUACAUUUAAGUCAUUUAGCAGACGCUCUUAUCCAGAGCGACUUACAAAUUGAUGCAUUCAACUUAGG